AUGGCCAGACACCGUGAUCGGGCAGCAGGCGAUGUCAUCCGUCAAUCCCCACAAUCUCAGCGCCGCUCAUUGUUCGAUUUGAAGCACCUCUCUCCCAGCGACGAUGUCACCACAGACUCGGAAUCCAUUCUCAGCGACGAGAAGGAUAUAUUCAAUGCCAUCGUGGUACCCACUUGCAGCAGGGAAUCCCGGGGAUACGACACCAUUUAUGAGAUGGAACCUAUCAGGGAAGAAGGGCUAGCAGCCAAUCUCGCCAUGUUCAUUCCGACCAGUAGCUCCGCCAGCAGCCCUCCUUUGACAGCACGUCAACAUGGCAGGAAAAAGGAGCACAAGAAGGUCGAACCAGUCUGGUUCCGCCAUCAAGCGCUUUCCGAGCAGUACUCGAAUUGUCCAGCACAGAGGGCGUCGGAUUCGAAUGAUAUCCCGUUCAUUGCUGAAGCUAUUCAGAGCCAUCGCAAGGCCGUUUCCCUUGAUACAGUUGAACCCAUUGAAAGAUUGGCCAAUUGGCCAGCAAAGCCGGGACCAGCAGUCGUGCCUAAUCAGCCGCGAUAUCCUCCGCCAGAAAGAAUGCCUACACCACCGGGACUCCCAUCAUUCAACACGCAGGAGGCAGUCGACGUCUCUGCUCAAUUUCUCACUGGACAGAAUGGCGGACGUUUCUAUGCUCAGCGAAAUGCGGCCAGUGGUGAUCCGGGUUCAGCUUCUUACGGGACGACCUUUCGGAGACUCCUCGGUCUGCCAUCCUCGGUUGAUGCACGGGCAAAUACACAGUCUGCUGUGGGAAUUGGACGAGCCGAUGAUGGAACGAUAGUUCAUGGCCGACUCCCCUAUCGACAGAGCGGGCAUAACGCCAAUAUGGCGCGGCAUAUACAUGAGCAUCUGUUCCACCAGAAUACUCUUCCUAUCUCGGAAGUCGGCGAUGGAGUUGAACGUGAAGGCUGUAGUACAAAGGAUGGGGGUGUCAAUGUCCAGCCGCCGAGACGACGGGUUCGAGGCUAUGUACCCCCUUCUAUGGGGAGGAGAUUAUGGUCGUUCCAUGAUGGUCUUUCUUUGCCCAGUUCUUCGACGACGUCACAGCCCGGGAGAUCAGAUAGAUCGCGCUCCUUCUUCGGGAUUACAUGUCCAUCCACCCAUCCAGAUGGAGUCAAUGGCGUCCAAUCUACCAGCCGUCAAGCCACAGAAACAGCAGCAACCCACAUCCCUCCGCACCAUUCCCAACUCCAAUCUGUUCAGACCAUCGACAACGACGAUGACUCGGACGGGAACUCAAUCAUUGAGGGCACACAUUCAGCCUCUGACAUCAUCGCCUGGCUCCCACUACAGCUAUAUUUCUGCUGCCUAUUAAGAUCCUGUCCUUUCUCUUUCCAAGAAAGUCGUGAAAAUGUGGAAGGAUUGGCAACUACUGCUUCCCGUGAUACAUACGUGACAGCACAUAGCCGACCUUCGGCUUCUACGACUCAUUCUGCAGAGGCUCGAGAUGGGACGGGUCGAUUUGGGAAGAUUGAGGUUCCGCGUUGGAUUGGGGAGGUCUGGGGUCGGGUUUCGCCUUAUGUAUCGUCUUUGUCCCAGCUUUCGGGUGCUGUUGGGGCAAGUUGA